AACUUUAGUUAUUUAACCGGGUCUUAAAACUGCUGUAAACCAAUUAAAGUCCAGUUAACUUGAGUUGCGGAACCGGGCCUAAAUUCUUUGCCCAAGCAACUGCAAGCAACAGGUGGUUUUUAUUUACCACGUCCGUUUAAUUUGAUUUCUCACAAAAUUUCUCGUUUUUCUUUAAAUGUGUACAUUUUACAGAAUCAUUUCCAGCAACGAAGCUUGAGGCAUUUGCUGGUCAAUCAUGAGGAGAGGAAAGAAGACCGUUUUAAUUAUACCAUAAAAUGUGGACUAUCUCUGUGCGAUCCAAAGCGAAAUCAGGCUUCUUAACUGGCUUUGUGCUCGGUGCCACCUUAGCAUUGCUUGUCGCCAAGAUCGGCUACUUCACCGGUGCAAGAUCAUGCGAGAAAAACUGUGCAGUGUCUCCUGAGAACAAACAUCGGAUUGCCAAACAUCUUACGAAGUCCGUUGGUCUCUUUGAGGAUGAUUCCACAAAUAAAUUGAGCUAUCAAGAAUGGCUGAAAAAUCAGAAUGUGGAAACGUUUCGACUGGACAUGGACUAUCGAGUGUAUGGUCCAGAGAAAUCGAGAGAUCUUUUACAGGCAGAGUCCGAGUGGCUCAAGUCGAAAGUGCAUGUCACGUGCGUAGUGUUUGUGGAGCGACUGAAACUCGCUCGAACGAUCAAAAGUACUUGGGGGAAGCGUUGCGAUAAAUUGCACUACUUUGGUCAUACUUUAAGUGAUGCGGAGGUCCCAGUGAUAAAGUUCCCUGUGAAUCUAACGUCCACCUGGCAGUUAUUAUGCGAGGCGAUGAAUUAUGUAUGGAAUUCUGCAAAGUCUGAGAAAAUCAAUCAGGGGAAGUCCCAGUGGGUAAUCUUUGUGAAGGAUGACACGAUGGUGAUUCCCGAAAACCUGCGGUUCAUGGUCGCCCCUCUCGAUGAUAGCAAAGGGCAUUAUUUGGGUCAUGCCGUUGUUUUGUGGGGUCAGGUGUACAAUAUCGCUCAAGCUGGCUAUGCUCUCAGCCGGGGAGCUUUACAGAAUAUGGUCGAUAUGUUUAAUACCAGUGAAAAGUGCGCAUCCAGUGGAAAGUAUUGGAAAAAGGAGGAUUACUAUCUAGGCAAACACUUAUCUUCUCUUGGCAUCUAUCCUACCGACACAAGGGAUGAAUAUCUUCGAGGGACGUUCCAUGGUUAUUCUCUGCAAACUCUUUUAUGGGGAGUUGCGAGGCCUGGCAGCUAUUGGACUCGAGCUCUGUAUCCACCUGGACCAGAAUGCUGCUCACCGAAGUCCAUCACUUUCGGUAUCGGAGAGUCUGACAAAAUGUACACGCUGAAUUAUCUAUUGUAUCAUUUACAUGUAUACGUCGGACCAGGAAUUUAUGGAAAUAAACCUGCUCCAACGAGUAAAACGGAAGAAGAGAUCUGGAGAUCAGUAUUAAGAGAUGAGUUCAACAUCACCGAAACAGGGGAUAUAUCGAGUGAGAGAUAUUAUAAUAUCUGGAAGGAAAGAUGCUCCGAGCCAGAACAAUUCAUAAUGAAAAAUUACAAGAACAUGCCGGACGUUCUGGACUCGCUUUUAACAGCUUAUGAAUCGGGAAAACACAUGACAGAGAAGAAUCUCUUGAAUUGAAAUGCUGCGGAGGGAGCCAUAACCUAUGCAACGGUCAGUAUAAAUUGCUUUGAAGCAAUUAUUUUAAGAAAAUCAUGUAUAUACCUGGGGCCUGAACAAUUCCUUGUGAUGAAUUACAAGAACAUGUCAGAUAUUCUGGGCUCUAUUUUAAGAGAAUGUGAACCGGACCUUGACUUAAAACCCUUGGGAAGCAGCAUUAACCUAUGCGAGUGCAAAAAUGAUAAAAGAACGACUCAUUACGAAAAAUUACAAGAACAUGGCAGAUGUCCUGGAAAUUGUUAACGGCAUAUGAAUCUAAGAAACACGACGCAGAAGAAUCUUAAAUUAAAUCUCUUCGAAGGGAGCCAUAACCUGUGCAGUUGACGGUGUAAACAACAUCGGAGCAAUUAUUUUAAGAAAAUCAUAAUAAAUAGUUACUAUCAAAUAACACGAGAAUUGAGGUUUGUACACUGUUUAUGUCAAGUUUUGUACAUUUGGAAGGCUUUAAUAAAAUUUUGGAGAUAUUUUUUGUUA